AUCGGGGUUGAUUUUGUCAGUCAAUUGUGGAUUUUUUAAGCUUACAGUUCAGUAAUAAUGAACAUUUGUGUCUUUGCGAUUUUAUUUUUAACUGGAUUCCAGUAUGGAUCAGCAUCAUUAGAAAAAGCUGAAUGUCUCUUUUAUGAAGAUCCAUAUGAAGGAUAUGUCUGUGAAUUACAUCUUACAAAUCCAAAUGGAUUAGAUAAUUUUGCUGCAAUUACUGGAACUCAUCUUGCCGGCUUCGGAAAUGAUGAUGUUGUUAGAGUUGAAAGGAACGUGGCUUCAUAUACAACAAAUAUUCCAACAAUCAUUUGCGACACUUUUAGGAACUUGAAGAAUUUUGAUUUUAGUCACGAUUUUAUCGCAGAAAUUAGUGCCACGUCGUUUAGAAGUUGCUCAGCUUUGGAAAUAGUCGCACUAAGUGAAAAUAAUAUUCAAAGACUGUCUGCUGAUGCAUUCCGCUUCAAUCCUAAUUUAUGGAUGGUGUACUUAACUUACAAUUCCAUCACAGAUUUACCAGCCAAUUUAUUCACAUCUCUACCAAGUCUCAGAUACGUUAUGCUUGAUGGAAAUGCUUUAACAGUCAUCCAUGCUGACACAUUUGGAGUUAGGCCAAGCUUUACCAAUUUUUAUCUUAAUAGAAAUUCAAUAUCCGCUUUUGAUGAACGACUUGUCGAUAAUACUGGCUUACGUUCGAUUGAAUUUACUGGAAACUCAUGUGCGAGUGUUGAUGUUAUGGACGAAACACCAAAUCGAGAUGACAUUAGGGCGGCAUUGGCUGUUUGUUUUAAUAAUUAUAGUGAUAGAAGAUAUUGAGGAUGAUAAUAAAUUGGAAUUUAAUAAAAUGUUGAUUGAAGAUUUGUGGGUUGUGGUUUGAUUGUAUUUUUUAGGGGUACAGCCAGGUCAACUCCAACAUUGAUUUCUUUUAAAAUUUAAAUUUGCAUUUUUUUGAAUGUCUGCAAUCCUCCCUAAUUUAAUAAAGUAUAUAAUUGCAAUUUUCAAACAAAUGAGGUCAUGCUCAAUCAAUUUAAAGUCACAAAAAUCUUUAAGAAACAGCCCAGACAUCUAUUAAUGAUAAAUCUCAUUUUUAUCAUUACAAACGUCAAUCAAUCGAUCCACCAAAUCAG